AUGACCGAAGUGAUCGAUUCAACUGAUAUUGAUGCUAUAACUUCCCUUAGGGAUUCUCUUUUAGAUAAUUUGAACAAAGUUCUUGUUUUGGAUGAACAAAUUUUGGAUUCAGUUAAAGAAGAACAAAUGUCUGAUGAAAUGAUAAAUCAAGCUGAAUAUGCAAGAGACGUCCAUACACAUAUCGGCAGACUCAAUAGCUCUAUUACUAACAGUUUGAAGUUACUAAAUCCGCUACCGCAACCACCGCCACUACCUACAGCCAGUGUUAGAUUGCCCAAACUGGAUCUUCCACAUUACUCUGGAGAUAUAUUAGAAUGGAAUUCCUUCUGGGAACUAUACCAUGUGUCAGUACAUCAGCGGAAAGACUUGGAACCAAUUCAGAAGUUUUCAUAUUUACGAAGUUUGCUCACAGGAGAAGCUUCGAAAUUAAUCUCGGGAUUUAAAUUUGAGGCUGCCAAUUAUCCACAAGCUGUAGCUCUUCUCCUAUCUACUACUUAUGGAAAGAGAGUAGAUUAA